CGCGCGCCGCGGUCUUUGGGCUCUUGGGUGACCCGCUGUCCGGGGGGCGGAAGGGAGGCGCGGCAAGAGACGGGCAGAAAGAGCCGCCUCGCCUGGCCCUCCUCCUGCCGGCCCGGAUUCCACGGGAGUCUGUCGGUCCCCGGCUGGGGCUGCCUCUUGCCGCCGCGUCCCGGGCAGUCCGGCGGGGCCCCCACGGGGCGGCUCGCGGCCCUCCUCGCGCCACGCAGCGUCUCGUUCCCAGACCGGGAAAGUUUUGCGGGGAGGAAACCUCUCCACGCGCUCCCCUUUAUUUUCGGCGCUGGAGGCCAGCCUGGCUCCGGACACGGAACUCGGAGCGCACGUCUGGAUUGGCCCUUGGAAGCCCGUCCUCCGUGGCUGCAACUCCGCCCCAAGUUCUGGCCAGAAAACCCUCGAAGAGCCUCCCGGCGGCGGCGGCAGUGGCAGCAGCAGAAGGAAGCCGGCCAGCCGGCCGCUCUUCCAGGUGGGGCUCCUCGAACGCCGCGCCAGGUACUGCUGCCACAUUAAAAUGACUACCUCUUGAGUUUGGAUGAGCCUGCCAAGAAGAAGAGAGCCAUAAGGAGAAAGUUGUCCUUAAAAGAAAGAAAUGUCCCUCCUCACUGCUUCAUGCUCUGCUUGCGUAGCAGCAGUGAUACUUUGUGCUGUGCUGGAGCUGUCGCAGAGUCGAGAUUGUUCCACAGAAAAGACAGAGAAUGCUACUGUUGACCUACAAGUGGCUCUUUCCCAGGGCAUCCGUGGAGCUGAUCCAGUUCACGUUGCAUCUUGGGAAGCUUGCAUCAACAUUUGCUGUUUUGGAAAAAGCAUAUCGGCCAACAAGAAGUGCAACCUAGUAGUCUUUAAACCCCAAAAGAAGGGCAACUCUCCCAAUUGCUACCUGUUUUAUUGUCCCUCUGAGCAAGCCUGUCCAGUGAAGCAAGCAGCAGGACUGGUAACCUACAGAACAAUACGAGAUGCCGAAGUUCUAAAGCCAACUUCUUCCUCAAACAAGUCCUUGGAUUUAAUUGUGAAUGGGAGCUUUGUGUCUCCGAAAGCUGUUGUGCUUGAUGUUUCCAGCCCAACAACGCCCCCAAAUUGGCUGGAUCCUUCACAAAAGUCUGUCACACCGAAGACAUCGAAAGUACUCUUCAGCCAGAUCGAUAAACCUGUAGAUAAGAUUCACGAGCACUCCAACCACCCAAAAGGGGAAGGGGCAAACCCUUCAGAAAGUUCAGAUUCUCGGCUAACAGAUCAAACCAUCAGUUCGCUGACCCCAGCUACUAGUCCUCAGAACCUAGUUCCCAUUGUACAAUCCACUGUGAAACUACCUGCUGUUACGCGUUCCACGCAGGCAAGCACUGUGGCCGUUGUACCUCGCAGUACUGCACCAAGCGCUGGACGUACCACAGCCGACUAUGGGAAAUCGUACAUGGCAAGUGCAAGACAAAGCCACCCUGCUUCACAGCCAACUGCCACAUCCCAAGCGAGAGCCGGCAACCCCACCCCUCUGCCUUCCAGUCUGUCUAAGAAGGUUUCUUCUGCUGCGUCACACGAGGCCCAUCUUCGUGAUGGGCAACUGAGUGGGGAGAGCGAUGCUCCGGAUGGAGCUCCAGGUGAGGCCCCCUACCUGGGUGAUAAGAACGUUCUCCUAGCUGCAUUGUUUUUUGGAGUGAUAUUUUUGCUUGUGGCUCAAGUGGUAAUAGGUCAGAAGAUGAUCGAAUCUCUUCGGCAGAAGCGCUAUUCUAGGCUGGACUACUUGAUCAACGGCAUGUAUGCCAAUGUGUGAUGAGCAGGGAGUGUGAAGAGACGUGGUGGCAGGACAUUUUGCGGUCUUAACAGAAAAAAAGGAUUGACCUCAUCAUGGUAGUGGUGGAGAUGUCUCUCUUUGUGCGAAAACAAGUUUUACAAGAAACAGCUGCUUCUGAAAAUGGUAGCCCUCUGUAGCGUUCCAACUUACCUGGUCUUCACUGCAUCGGAUAUUCCCUGAUCAACGGCACUGGUUCCUCAUGGCAGAAGCAGGGAAUUAUGCAGAGUCAGGACACGGCUUAAGGGGUACCAGAUAGGAACAGAGGAAGCUGGCAUGGAGCUUGUCCUGUUUGGCAGCAGCCCCGUGUUCUUUGCAACAUUCAGUGCUGUCCUAAGGGCUUCGUUGUUUCUACUACAUUUUUUACUUGGAAGCAAUUUCACUGUGAUUUGUCGUACUAAGUAAAAUUUUAAAACAACUUCCAAAUGGAUUUAGAUGAUACAAGUGAGGGACCUGCAAGGACUUGCCGAGGGUGUCUCAUUUUCCCUUCCCCCCCACAGCCUCUCCCCCUUUCCUGCUUCCUUCUCUCCUUCCCAUCCACUUUUGCCCACCGUCUUCACCUCCCCCCCCCCAACAGCCACUGCCCUGUGGACCAGUUGCAGGGUGCCAGCUGAGCCAGGCCCAGUUGAAUGGUGGGAAACCUACACGGACUUCCAAGGGUACUUUACUUUUCCCUAUCCCCUUCCCCACACUAUAUCCUCUUUCCCUCUUCAUGGCUGCCUCCAUAAGCUCACCUUUCCCUUCAUUCUUCUCUCCUUCAAACUUACUAAACAACUUGUCUUUUAUCUCCCCCCUCCCAUCUUGAUCUAUAUUUAAUAAUAUACUGCAUUUAUAUACUACCUUUCUCCACAAUGGGGACCAAAAGCCGCUUAUGCCAUUCUCUUCUGCUGCAUAUUAUCCUUACAACAACCCUGAGAUGUAGGUUAGGCUAAGAGUUUGUGACUGGAUCAAAGUCACCCAGUGAGCUUCCACAGUAGAGUAGUGAUUUGAACCUGGGCCUCCCGUAUCCUACUCUGAAACACUAACCCCUACACUACACUGGCUUGGUGGGGAGAGUGCUGCUGUGGAACAGUAGCAAACUGUCAGGCCUGAGUAAGUCAUGCAUGUCAUGUGAUAUCAAGUCGCAUGGUGGUUGCUGCUGGGCCUGGCACCAAUGAGCCCUCCCUCAAAGGCCAAAAUAGCUCUGGGAAGGGCCCUGCCUCCUCUUCCUGCCUUUUCCUGUCAGAAUCAUGUCUGGAAUAGUGGUUAAACUGUUAUGGUUACCUAGCAACAGCCACUAACAGCAUCUGAUUCUUAAAGCUACAGGUGCUCCUUUUAUUGUUUUUGAGGCUUUUUAACCCCCCAAAUCUAUUUAUAUAUAUAGAUUUCAGAUUUUUCUGCUAACUUGGGGCAUUUUUCAGGCGCAUAGGAAGAUCUGUCUUGUCCAUUCAUGGCUCCAGUCUCCAGAUUUAAGUAUCCUCAGAUCAGGGCCAAUGGCAAAACUUACUGCAUUGAUUUGAGAAAGGACAUUAGUUAACUUCUUGACUGAAUGGAAACCGUUUAUAGACUUUUUGCGUGAAAUGGAUAACAAGGAUUUGAUGACAUCUGGAUUUAUGGGUUAAGAAACAUGAACAAUAGAAAAAAGGGGGGUUGUGACUAACCUAGAAUAAGUGUGACUCUAGAAAUGAUAUAUACUUGUUGCAGAGAAAAUCAGAACUCAACCUGUAGUGUAAUUUAGGUGCUUUUUUUCUUUUUAAUUAUAUAGAUAUAUGUAUUGUUAGUGUGUCUUAAAAAAAAAUUUCCAUAGCAUAUGGAUUAGCAUUAUCAUCUGCUAAUAGCUUCAAACAUUAGCGGCACAACAACAACAACUGGUUAAAAAAAUAGCAGCCAAAGCCAGGGUUGAUUCUUUUGAAGUAAUUUCUGAAGUGGGUCUGUGUUGUUCCUAGCUGAGUGAAAGCCUGUUUGUUCGCCCUUAGAACAUUAUUAGAAAA